AUGAGCACUGCAACAUCUGCACCUGUUGUUGAAUCCAUGAGCGACACGGUUGUCUGCCCGCAGCUUUCGCGCCAUUCCACCAGCCUUGAGGAAUUGUACACCAUCGGUUACAACCGGAGCCACAGCCCGAGUUGCUUCAGCAGCGCUGGAUGUGAAGAAGAGGAGGGACAAAAAAACGUCUUGGCGGAGCGCUACAAGACAAAGCUGUGCAAAAACUUUGUGCAAUACGGAACAUGCCCAUAUGAUAUACGCUGCAUGUUUGCACAUGGUGAGGAGGAGCUCCGCACGGCAGAGAUGAACAUCAUGGAUGGACUCGUGACGAAAGAUGCGAUUACAUCGUUCCAGAAACUGUGGCAUCGCGCCGUAUCGGCCUCGUCAGGAUCCAAACAUCACUCAUCUCAUGUUGCCAACCGUAGAGGUGUGAUGACGACGGCAACAACAACAACAACAGCAGGGGGCUCAACAGAUGCGGCGAUGCACAUUUGUCGUCGGAUGCAACGUGUUGUUGCUGCUGCUGCUGCUGCUGUGCCGUGUGGGGGGCGCCGUGUGGUUUCCGGAUCCAUUCGGAUUCGUGGCUGUGUCCGACAUAAUCCCUACUGCCAUAACAUUCUUCCAACUGUAUCCCGUUAUUACAGCACAAUGCCGGAUGUUUUCACCAGGCCGUACAGUAAAAGCGACAGUUGUGGAAACGAGGCGAUUACUGAGGGUAAUGCGUGGACGUAUGCCAAUGAAGAGGGGAAUGAAAAGGAAACACCCGCCAUGAUAAGCUCGGGAGUGCCUGAGCUAACAGCGUGGAAGCGAUUCAAUUAUGUGGCGGAGAGGUCCCAAUGCACGAGCGUACCGGAACAAAAUUUGCCCUGCGCGGACUUUGCUGCCAUCAAGGAGAGCAACAACACCGGUGGUAAUGCCAGUGGUGUUGAUGUUGAAAAUGUGGAUGAUGCCGAGCACUCCACCUGCAGCAGCGUUGGUAAUGAGUCCGGAUAUUUCUGCCGUGCAUCGAGAAGUGCUUCAUGCGGUGAGCAAAGCCAAUCCCAUUUGAAGCGGGAGGGCAAUGAGGGACGAGGAGAAGGUCUGCAUAUGUUUCUUUCCUUGUGA